AUGGCUAGUAUCGUGGAAGAUUAUCUGGAGAGUCCCGGGAUGGAACAGGAGACCGACGAUGUCUUUCCUUGUAAAGGCUGCGGAGAUAUUCUUGAAGAAGGCAAAGCUUUCGAAUUAGCCGGAAACCGAUGGCAUCUUGAUUGCUUCCGAUGUAACACCUGCGGCACACUUCUCGACUCUGACGCGAACCUUCUACUCCUUGGCGAUGGGUCUCUCAUCUGCAACAACUGCACAUACAGCUGCAGCGCCUGCGGCAAUAAGAUUGAAGACCUGGCCAUCCUUACUGGGGAGCAGGCGUUUUGUGCCACAUGUUUCCGUUGUCGCAACUGUAAACGCAAAAUCGAAAACCUUCGAUAUGCACGCACUUCCCAAGGCAUAUUUUGCAUGGGCUGCCACGAAACGCUCAUGGCUAGGCGUAGGAAAAAAUCAAAAGCAGCAGCCGCUGCAAAAGCGAGAGAAAAAGAGCAUUCACCUAUGAUCACAGAAAAGUCGCUGCCCGCUCUACCCGCGAAUGCCAUCCCACCAAACGCCUUCUCCAACGACCGGGUAGAUCCUGAUUCAGAUACUGCCACCGAGCUCUCUCCACGGCCUCGGAAUCACACUCGCCACGAGUCUUCGUCUCGCAGUAGCUCACGGCCAGCUCGUUCUCCUGAGCGAAAGCCAGACGGUUUAAAUUUGCCCGCCACGACCUACCGGAGCAACCGCAACUCAACCAUGAUGUCUCGGACGGAAAACUCCAACGACGACGGCUUCCUCAUCUCUGUCGCCUUAGACCCAAGUCCGCACCCAACACCAAAAUCGACCUCCGACACCAUGGCGGAGGGUAAAUCAAAGGACCGAGACUAUUUCGGUGCAGCAAAGCCUCCUUCUGAGAAGAGGAGCGACUCCCGUACCUCUACUCCACACAUUGCUUUCCAGGAGAAGGGUCGUCAAGCAUCUACUUCGGAGCACGACACUCCACCCAAGCUGCCUGAUCGAAAGCAUUCUAAACCCCCACGACCGGAAUCUAUGAAACCGUCACCCGCUGUCGAUGAAAAGACCCAGAAGACAAGCGGUCGCCGCCCGCCUACGGAGGAUUUUAAGCUACAAGAGGCCCCCAAGAGCAAAAAGCUGCUUUCAAGGAGCAGUUCACAGUCAUCAGGUGUACCUGCAGAGACAAGUUCCGUGAGAACAAGCAACGGACAACCAGGUAAGGCUGGUCACAGUGGUCUGCCUCACUCUGAUAGCAACGCAACCACGCCUGCCUCCCGUUCAUCGCUGGAGUCGAGGUAUCUGGAUGAGGAAGAGCUCCGUGCAUCGAUGGACUCUUCGACAAGAACGUCUUCCAGACCAGAGAACGCAAAGCCCCUUGGCAGAAAGGAUGUUCCCUCUUCCUCUAGCAAAUCUGGUAACUAUUCGUCCAAGUCCCGUAAAUACUCACAGGCACUGACAGAAAGGAUAGCGAACGGCAGCAGCCGACAACAAAGCCGACAGGAAUCCCCUGAAGAUUCCACGCCCACGCGCCAAACUCCCUCCCGAAGCAUUUCGGAGCACAAGAAGACCGACACCUACAUGCAACCACGUUCUGCACCUGCACCUCCGAACAGGGGUCAUGCCGCAGGAAAGGAGGGUUCCAAGGAUGAUGGUAGCUCUCCCAAGGUCUCGCCAAAGCUACCUAGAUGGAGCAGCGGUGGGGACUUGAACAUGGACGAGGACAUGGCACGGAUACUAGGCACUGACGAAGGCUCAUCCUCGAUACUCCGCAGAGUUUCUAACGCGGUAAGACAUGGCCGCACCGGCAGCGUGGAGUCACCACAUCAGAUGCAUCCAGGGAACAGGCACACCAGGAGCAUCAGUGAAACUACACGAGCUACUGGAUCACCCCGCUGGCCCAGGACACCCGUCGCUGAUGAUUACCAUGCGCAGGAUAUCAGCAGCCCCAUGUCACUGACAGCAGGCGACGACCCUGCUUUCCUCAAACGACAACUGCGAAAUUCGGAGCAGCGAGUUGCGGAGCUUGAGAGGCAGUUUACUACCGAGAAAGAUCUCAAGAGCCUUAACAAGAAGCUUGUGGAGAAGCGAAAGACUGUUUCUGUUCUCGACACACAGACCGAGAUUAUGAUUCGACAGCUGGAAGUGUUGGCCGGAUAUGUCGAGCGAGCCAAGGAAACAAAGACACCCGUAGACCCUCGAGAUUUGGAGGAGUCGGCCAUCAAAGAGUUUGUUCAGAAGCUCGACAAGGUCAAGUCGGCCAUGUCUGCCACUAUCGAGCAGCUUCAUGAAGAGCGGGACCUGUUGUGCGAAGAGAAAGACCAAGCCAUUGCGGAUCGAGAUCGUGCCCUCCUUGAAUUUGAGCAGUUGUCGUCCAAGAACGCACAGCUUGCUGAUAUGAACAAUGAUCUAACACAUCAGAUCCAGGAACGCUUCAAGUCACAGAUUGGAGGCGAUAUCAAGUCUCCUGGCGCUCUUGGCAUAUAUGCUGGCAAGGGUCUCAACGCCUCGUCAAUUAACCUUGACGCUGCUAGCUUAUCAACAGGAGCCACCCUGGUCCCUGCCGACGAGGACACUAUUGUCGAAGCUGGCCCUACUGUCGUACAGGUCAGGAAGGGACAGGCCAAGAAAUUCAACUGGAAGAAGGGUUCCAAGGGACUGGCCCAGGGUGUUGCCAAGGGCGUCAACAGAGCCGUUGUUGCCUUCCAGAAUGAUCGUGAGAGAAUGCAGCAACAGGGAGGGCUGAGCGGAGAGAACAUUGGCAUGCCCUACAAUAUGACAGUGGCCCAGGUUGAAGCGCCGGCCGGUCUUCCUUCCAACGGCCACAUCUCGCACGAGAAGCAUGGUGCGGCUGGAGCGCAAGCCAGGAGGCAGGAAGAGCGUGAGCGCGAGCGCCAAGGCUUUGGCUUCUUCGGAAAGAAGAACGCGAUGCCCAAGUCUGGCUCCGCGGGCACCAUGAAUAACGUCGAAGCAGCUGAACCUCCGACAGUUCUCUUCGGGUCCGAUCUCGCUGAGCGGGCUGACCACGAGCGCCGACAGAUUCCCAGUGUGGUGACGAGAUGUAUCGAAGAGGUUGAACUCAGGGGCAUGGAUCAAGAGGGUAUUUACCGAAAGACUGGUGGAAAUUCACAAGUCAACAUGAUCAAGGACGGUUUCAGCAAAGACGAGAACUUUGACAUCUCGGACCCUGACCUGGAUAUCACGGCCGUCACUAGUGUGCUGAAGCAAUACUUCCGCAAGCUGCCGAUACCCCUGCUGACGUUUGACGUCUAUGAGCGCGUUCUUGAGUCGAUUGCCAUUGUUGAUGAGGACGAACGAAGCGAUCACCUACGUAAGACGUUUGCUUCGAUGCCCCAACGUCAUCGCGAUUGUCUCGAGUUCCUCAUGUUCCAUCUUGCACGCGUUGCUCAGCGUGAACCUGAGAACUUGAUGUCACCCAAGAACCUGGCUGUCGUUUUCGCACCCACUAUCAUGCGUGACACAAGUCUUGAACGCGAGAUGACGGAUAUGCAUGCCAAGAACCUUGCGAUACAGUUUGUCAUUGAGAACAGUAAUACGAUUUUCGAGGAUGCUUAG